AUGAGGGAGAAAGGAGAACAUAUGACGCCUGUCCUUCUCAAAGCUGGCAUCCCUUUGGCUCUCACCUUGGCUGGUUUUCUCUUCUCCAUUGUCAUCAGAAGAAAAGCCCAAUCACCUCAACAACACCGAAUGAAUGGUCUCGAUGACAUCCUUCAUGGUGAGGAGUUCAAGGAUGAAGACACACCGGACAGCCCCAAUUCGACCUCUUUAUAUGGUGAAGAAGAAGUCGAAGAAGAUCACCACCUUCUACAAACUCAAGGUUCAGAUUCUUUGAAAAUCUCACAGACUCAAUUUCAAGAUGAAGCUGGGGAGGAGGAAAUCAGACGAGUCGUUGGCAAAGACAGAUCUGACUUGGAGGAAGAGAUCGAUGGCCUUAAGAACCAGGUCAGUGCUCUUCAAGAUAGGGAAGGAGAGCUCGAGGCACGUUUCCUUCAUUACUGUAGCCUGCAAGAGUAUGGUUCAGCUCUUAAAGAGCUCCAAAACGCAUUGGAAUUGGAGAUGGCCCAGAUCGAAUUCUUGGGUAUGAAGGUCGAGGCCAUGGGAGCAGAAAACCAGAGGCUCGAGGCUAUGCUAGCUGAAUACCCAAGAGUCAUGGAGGCGCUUGUGUCAGCAAAAUUGGAGGUGGAGUCGCUUCAGGGAAGGACGAAGAAGCUUUCAAAGAGGAAUAGGGAAGGCGCGCAUGUUCUGCACCGGUACGCUUCGGUUCUGAAAGCAAGAGAAGCAGAGAUUUCAAGCAAGAAUGAAGAGUUGCAGUGGAGGGAAGGAGAGAUAAGGGAGUUGGAGGAUGUAAUUUCAGAGCUAAGAAGAACCGUCGAUCGGUUAGAAGAGGAGAAGAAAGGGCUGAUGGAGAAAUUAGAGUUGGGAGAAAACUUAGCUUCAUCAACCUCAAAGAAUCAAGGAGAAGAGACAAUGACAGAGGAUCGCAACCACCAACUGAGACUUGAAUACCAAGAACUGUUAUCUCAACUAGAACAGCUUCACAAAGAGCAAGCUGGUGAGGCUGACGAAUUGAUAUAUUUACGUUGGAUUAAUGGGUGCUUACGACAUGAGCUUACAAAACAUCAAGAAGAAAAACAAGAGCACGAGGAAACGGGAAAACAACCUGGAAUGGAAUUUGCCGGAAACGAUGAAAAAGGACAGUGUGACAUGGGAUACAAUUCCGAUGGUUUGCCAAUAGGCACAGAGCAUGUAGAGCCCCGCACGGAUGUUGCAGCUACCGGGCAUGCUGGUUCAAGUAAGCGAGUGUUCCUGCACAAGCUGAAAAGAUGGGUGAAAGGGAAAGAAAGGCGGAGAAGUACAUGUGACGAGGAGCAUCAAGAGAAGUGCUCUGGAGUGUGUUCUGCUUUGCAUGGGGACAUGGAAGAUAUGAACUCCUGUUCUCCUGCGAAACCAUGUAUUGGUGUUGGCAGGGAUUCUGCUACCUGAAAUUCCAUCACACCAGAUUGUAAUAUAUGAUGCUACUGAAAUUACUUGAUUUGUACUUGAUACUAUAGUUAUAGGAUUUGCUAAUGGAAAGCCCCUCAACGUA